UCGUUCACUGACGCUGGGCUGGUUUGUGUGAGAGGGGGACGGAAGGAGAUCUGUUUCAGGUUAGCUGUGUGUUAAUAGUAUGCGAAAGAUGCUUACCAUAAUAUCUAACAUUCUGAGGGGAAGCGCCAGCAGGAACGGAGCUGAACUGGUAUCAGAGGGUGCAAGAGUGGUGGUAUCUGCCAGGACCUAUGCAGACUUUACCCCUCAGGCCACCUUUGAUAUUAAGAAAUGUGACUUACACAAGCUGGAGGAAGGCCCACCACUGCAGGCCGUGCUUUCAAGAGAGGAGGGGCUUCAGUACUACCGCACAAUGCAGACCAUGAGACGCAUGGAGCUCAAAGCCGAUCAGCUCUACAAGCAGAAGAUCAUCAGGGGCUUCUGUCACCUUUAUGAUGGACAGGAAGCGUGUGCGGUCGGUAUUGAGGCAGGUAUUAAUCUAUCAGAUCAUCUUAUCACAGCGUAUCGUGCCCACGGGUACACUCUCACUAGAGGGGGCACCGUUCGUGAGAUCAUGGCAGAGCUCACAGGCCGUAGAGGAGGUAUUGCUAAAGGAAAGGGAGGGUCUAUGCAUAUGUACACUAAACAUUUUUAUGGAGGAAACGGAAUUGUGGGAGCUCAGGUGCCUCUUGGGGCAGGUGUAGCGUUGGCCUGCAAAUACCUGGGCAAGAAUGAGCUGUGUGUCUGUCUCUAUGGUGAUGGUGCUGCAAAUCAGGGUCAGAUCUUUGAGACGUAUAAUAUGGCAUCUCUGUGGAAGCUGCCCUGCAUCUUCAUUUGCGAGAAUAACAAAUACGGCAUGGGUACUUCUGUGGAGAGAGCAGCCGCUAGUACUGACUAUUACAAGAGAGGCGAUUUCAUCCCUGGAUUGAGGGUGGAUGGCAUGGAUGUUCUUUGUGUAAGGGAGGCCACCAAAUUGGCUGCUGAACACUGCAGAUCAGGAAAGGGUCCCAUUCUGAUGGAGCUGCAGACCUAUCGUUACCAUGGACACAGUAUGAGUGACCCAGGAGUCAGUUACCGCACACGUGAUGAGAUCCAGGAGGUGCGCAGCAAGAGUGACCCCAUCUCGAUGCUGAAGGAUCGCAUGCUGAGCAACAACAUGGCCAGCGUGGAGGAGCUUAAGGAGAUUGAUGUCGAGGUAAGGAAGGAGAUUGAAGAUGCCGCUCAGUUUGCCACCACAGACCCUGAGCCUCCACUGGAUGAUCUUUGCAACCACAUCUUCUACAAUGACCCUCCUAUGGAAGUGCGUGGCACUAACCCCUGGACCAAGCUCAAGUCUGUCAGCUAAAUCGCCUUCCUUAUCAUCCCAAGUCCCCUCCUCUUCCUACCAGUUGAACCUCUCCUGUUGAAGCUCACAGAAAAAUAUGAUCACCUCCGCUAUGGCUAUAGAUUUCAUAGACAGUUAUUGGGAAACUCAGCCAAAUCUCUCAGCCACAUUGUGAUAAGUUGCUUCAUUUCACAUUUUAUCAUUGGCUUGUUUUCUUGUUGUCUUCAUCAACUACAAUACUGACCCUCGCUAUAAAUUUUAAAACCUAGAUAUUUUUUCAUCUUAUAUUGGAAAUAUAUGUUAUAUAAAUAAUGUAAUAUGCACACACACACACACAUCACUUUAUAUAUCAACAAGAGUGUGUUUUGGCUGAGGUGUCUGUUUGGAAAUGUUUAUUAACAUUUAUAAACGGUAAAUCUGUGGCCGUAUUACAAAAAGUUUGUGUGAUAUUUAUGGGAUCUAAAAUAGGAUAUUUCAUUUCGGUUGUUUCUUAACAAUCAAGUGUUUGAGUGUUUAAACAAAAAAUGCAAAUAAAAACUAAGAUGGAUAAGAUUUAAAUUAAAAACAGCUGAAAAUGUUGCUUUAGAAUGGGAAAAGGUGAAUAGAUGCUUACCCUUUCACUUUCUUGAACUUUUAUUUAAAGCUGGGUUUUUGUUGUCAUGUAUAUAUUAUGAAAAAUUGCUUUUGUUACAAACAAUGUUACUGGGGAUAUAACUUCACAUUUGGCAAUUCCAGUGUAUUAAUGGUUGUUUUAAUACAAUGUUUGUUUAAAAUCUCUGGUAAUUGGGAAAGUAACAAUU